AUGAAAUUCUUAAUUACAGGUGUUAAUAAAGGUAUUGGCCUUGCUUUGGUCAAAGAAUUAGCUAAAAAUUCUAACAAUUUCAUCUAUGGAACUGUUAGAUCUUUAACUAAGGCUUCCGACUUGUUAGACCUCCACUUGACUAACUUAAAGUUACUUGAACUUGAUAUGGCCGAUGAUUUGAAGAAAUUUGAAACUGUUUUUGAAGAGAUUGACUAUAUUGACGUUGUGAUUCAUAAUGCUGGGAUCACUUACGAUAGAGUAGUUCUACCAUUAGAAGAAUCAUUGGUUGAAGAUUUUGACGAAACUUUCAAAAUCAACACUGUCAGUACAUUCAAAAUGUAUAAAGCCACCUUGCCUUACUUAUACCGUCAUGAAGGUAUCCAAAAGAGAUUCAUUGGAGUUUCUACUUUCCUUGCUGACCCUCAAGCUAUGGCAUUAUUUGGUAUGGGCGGUGGAGCUUAUGGGGUUUCUAAAAUUGGUAUGAAUUAUCUCAUCAAACAGAUAGCUCUUGAAAAUUCCAAAAGUCAAGAUCCUUUGAAACGGGAUUCUAUGGUGUUUACCAUCAAUCCUGGAGCUGUAUUUACUCCAAUGACAGAAUCGUAUGCUACUGAGCAUCCGGAAGGAUUUAUAACCGUGGAGGAAUGUAUCCAGAACAUUCUUAACACUAUUUUCCGUUCAGAUCUCGUCAGUGGUAGAUUUUACAAUACUGUUGACGGCGAAGCGUAUAAUUUCUAA